GAAUCGACUCUAACUUGCUCGUCGUCGGUCGUGCGCUGUGUUGCUGUACGAGCGAGCGUGCAAGCUUCGGAGGUUUUUGCCCGUUAUUCGUGCAGUUAUGGGUUUUGGCGAUCAUCCACCGAGGAAUGGGUUCGAAAAAACUAUGUACGCUAUUUACGCAGCGUUCGACGCUCCCGUUACCUGGUUGCGAGAGAAAGUUGUCGAGCCCAAUCGGGCCGAUUACAACUGGUACCACCGCAAGUACCGGAGGGUGCCGACCAUCGACGAGUGCUACACGGACGACCUCAUGUGCAAGUUUGAAGCCAACGAGCAGUACAAGAGGGACAGGGAAGUAGAUGCCAAGAUCGUGAACCUCCUCGCUCGCCGCCGAGAUGACUGCAUGUCGUACGAGAUUUACGACACGCAUAAGUGUGAGCCAAUCAUCCAGCAGUACAAGGAGGCCGAGCUCAACUGGUUCAUCAAAUAUGGUGACUUGAGCAACCACACCACCGUUAUCAACGCCUUCAUGAAGCAGAAGCACCGACUCAUUGCCGAGAGGCGCAGGGCGCAGAAGGCUCAGGAGGAGGGCCAGAUGGAGUGAUUGACGUAGACGCCCCCGUCAAGUCUCGUAGCGUUCGAGCGUGCGCCAUUUUCCCCCCCCCCCCCCGAGUGUAUUAAAGUAGCCUGCCCCUUCUAACAAAUAAAAAACUGCCAUUGUC